GUGGGGGUUAGGCUGUUUGUGUGACACUGGGAGAGAAACAGUCGGGAGGAGAAGGAAGAAGGAGAUAGGAGCCCGUGCGUGCGUGCGUUUGUUUCACCUCCUAAUCAGUCUUCCUUGGGGACACAUCAGCAGCAGCAUCAGUGGAGGAAAGUAGAAAGCGUGAAAAAGGAGACGGCUCUCAUCUCCCAUCAUCAACCCGAACCUCAUACGAAUCAAAAUCUGAUUUAGUUCCACGUGGGAGUGCUGGAAAACAUCAGGUUUGACCCCCAAAUAUGCUUGGUUUAUAUUUCGAUGUGCAUGGCUGCUCCAGCUCGAUACCUGUGUGUCGUGUGUUCUGGACGGAUGGGGAUGAGCAGCCCGAGGCAGGUGACAGAAAUGGACGCCCCUCUCGCCACUCCUUGCAACAUCCAGAUCUGUGAGGUGACCUGUGACUCUUUCCGCAUCAUGUGGGAUAUGCCUCCAGAGGACACGGCCAGAGCAACGCAUUUCUUCAUCGACCUGAGCCGCAGGGAGAACAGGGACCCGAACCGCUUCAAACACAGGGACGUCCCGACCAAGCUGGUGGCCAAGGCUGUCCCUCUCCCCAUGGCGGUGAGAGGACACUGGUUCCUCAGCCCGCGCACCGAUUACUGUGUUGCUGUCCAAACAGCUGUCAGACAGCCGGACGGGGACUACCUGGUGUCCGAGUGGAGCCCGGUGGUGGAGUUCUGCACCGGAGACUAUGCCAUGGAACACCUCCAGCAGCUUCUUGACAAGGCCAGCGGUUCUGCGGGACGGCUGCUGAGAUUCUCGGUUUUCUAUCGCAACCAGCACCCGGAAUACUUUGACUAUGUCAGGAGGGAAUGUGGAGGACUGAUGCGUCCGGCCCUGAAAGACAGCAGCGGGAGUCACGGCUCUCCGAUCAACGGCAAACUCAGCGGAGUCUUCUUCAGCUGCAACACAGAGUUUGACACGGGGCGUCCUCCCAAAGACUCGCCGUACGGCCCCCUCAGAUUCCAGAUUCCCGCCGGACACCUGCUGAACCCAAACGUCUGCCUGUACUUCGCAGACUUCUACUGCAUGUACACGGCGUACCACUACGUGGUGCUGGUGCUUGCGCCCGUCGGCACAGCCGGAGACGACUUCUGCCGCACCCGCAUGCCAAGGCUGGACUUGGCCUCCAACCCUUUUCUGACCUACGCCGCCCCCCAGAGGCAGGGAGAAGAGCCUGUGUACUGCCACGCCAGUGACGUGAUCCUGGAGGUGCUCUUCACGGAGCCCGUUCAUCUGGACCAGGGAGGCGUGGAGCAGAUCAGCGGGCACCACCAGCUCAUGAGUCUGACCACAGCCAACGCCAAGAAGGAUCCGAGCUGCAAAGUGUGCAACAUCAGCGUGGGGCGCUGAGGGAAGCCCCCGGUGGGUUGUUCCUGAGUCCGCGGUGCAAAAAGACUCAGAAUGGCACAAAACAGCGAAGCAGAUGACGGUCCAGGCAGAGCUUGGCGGGCAAAAACAUCUCUUGGACUGUGUUGAAGCCGCUUCCACCUCCCCUCCUACUUGAAGUCGAGGAGUUUAUUUAUUUUUCUAAUAGCCUCGUUGGGUAAAAUAUAUCACAGAGCUUCAUGGUUUCUCUUCAGGUGUCUUCAUGUAUUCAACCACCCCCUUGAUGUUUCUGCUUUAUCACCCGCUCCCCUGUGAAUUUGACGUCACCCUCUGUCAGAAAAUUAGAGUUUCAGACUAAACAGAAAAAAAUAAGUGAAUUUAUUUCCAUGAAUCCUUGGGAUUCCCUCUGUGCCAGGAUCUCCGCCACCUAAUGACCCACUGAUGUAGAAAAACGUGUUUCCCUCACUAAAGAUGCAUAAAAGGUUUUUCUUUAAAAAAAUAUAUAUUUCAACCACUGAAAUUUUAAGAAAACUCAGAGCUUUAAUUUGAGAACAUGUAUCCAGUUAAAAGAUAACUACUUUUAACAAAUUGAAUUGGUGGCACAAUCACUGGCAUCCCUGCUGUCAGUACUUUUAAUACAACCUCUCUUUCUAUAGUCUCUUAAUCCUCCAGAGUCCCGGGUCGUCUGUUAGUGUCCCUUCUCCUAAGCUUACUCUAGUUUUCUAAAGAUUUAGGUCUGAAGACUGAGAUGGUAAAUUUUGUGUCUGAUGAACCAUUAUGGUGCCCAGCGUUGACUCCCAUCCUAGUUAGAUCUCCUGUUUUUGAAAAGAGCUGAUGAAGCCAUGUGCUCUAACAAGGUUUCCUUGUGUCCUUGGAAGAGAAACAGGCCCACAGCAUCCUAGAUUAUCCACCAUGUUUUGUAGGGAAUGAUCAAUAUCUCAUAAAUGGUGGAUCAUUUGACAAGCACAUGGUAUUUGUAUGACUCAAUGGAUCUGAAUGAUGUCUCCCUACAGCUCAAGUAGUAUCGGUGUCUAAAGAAGUGAUAAGCCUCAUAAAUGGGUAAUUCUCUGUAGCAACAACACAAUUAUAUUUAUAUAUUAAAUGUCCUGUUAGUCUCAUUAAAGUAUAUUUUUAUUAGUCACAAAUCUGUCAAAAAUCUGGCUGAGGGGUAAAUUCUCUUCGUCACGUUUCAAGAGAGGAAUGAAAGGAAAAUGCUACAGAUAUACGUUUAUUUUUGCAACGUUAAUAUUUGAGUUGGAAAUUGACUGAUUGGAUCUAGGCAUUAAACAAUGACUAAUUCAUCUAUCAGCAAUCAUGCUAAAAAAUAAUCCAACCAUUAGUUUAGAAAGGAAUCAAGAUAAAAACAUUAAAACAUAAAACUAAAUCUUACUGCUUAAAGGGGAAACUGAGAAUAAGCAUUUAGAUUAUCAUUGUUGAUGAACAAUGUAACUCUAUCACUGUUUUUCUCACUGAUAAGUGAAGGGUUUGUUUUAUUUAUUCAUUUAUUACAAAUAGUCUGGAUUUUCUAAAUACCUGAUUUAAUCUCUGUAGAGACUUUUGGGAAAUAAAAAUAGAGGAAUGAACUACAGAGGUCCAUCAGACCUUGUCUGGUCCAACUCCGGACUGAGCUGUCGCCUCUGUUUAAGAAUGGCGCUUGGACGUCAGGAGCUGUGGUCCCCGUACCCUCGCCUCUCUGAAGCUGCCAGCGGGGAAUAGCUCAGCACACAGCUGGACGAUGGUGGUCUCUCUCCCACCUUAGAGCAUCUUGAUGAUCCCUUGACUUGGACUUCUGAAUUGAAUUGUAACGACAUAGAAAAGCUGUAGGGUGAAAGAAUAUUAUCAUAAAUAAAAAACAGUGUGAUCA